GCCUUGCGGAGCGGACGGCUGAUACCUAUGCGUCAUUCCGUGCGCGUCGAGCGAACCGGUGUUACGUGUCUUUCCGAGUAAUCUCGAGUCUGUAGGAAAAAAGUCCCGAGGAAGCUCUAUCGAAGCUGAGCGGUGUCGUCCCCCGAGUCAUAUCCAUUUUCCUUCCGUCUGUCUCUCUCUCUCUCACUCUCCACGAAACUUCGCUCAAAUAUAUCUGCAUAUUAUAUAUAUCACGAAAUUACUUCUCGCGAGGAGAGUUGAUCGCCGCCGAGUGUGUAUGUGUGUGUGUCAACGGACUUUCACGUCGACGGUGUAUGACACACCGGAGAUACCUGACGGCGCGUCGACCCUUCGCAAUCUCCGUCCCUUCCCAUUUCUCGUCUCGAUUCCUUCGACCUGUACGUGCCGUAUACGUCGUUAACAGCAACGGCCGCGAGAAGCUUAGAGAGUACCGGGACGCGAGAAUUAUAUAUACCCUGUGAUUGUCCACGUAUCGUUAUCUUAUCCGGCGCCGGGUAUCGUGACGACACGCACUGCAGCUCUCGCGAUCGCGCCGCCCGGUGUAAUAGUAAUUAGCGCUUAGGUGUGCGCCACGUCUGGGGAUUGCCGAGUGCCGCCGACACUCGCCUGUCGUUUUAUUAUCUCUCUUCCUCUCGCUGAGGCGACGAGCCAGUUGUUUCAGUUCGCCUCGCAGUCCGUCCGACAACGAGAUUUCGACAUGGGCAUCGAGGACAAGAUGUCUGAGAAGAAUCCGGAGAUGAGGGAAACCGCAGCGAGAAUCUGUCGAGAUUACUUGCACGGCGUAUGGAAACAUAUCACGGCGGAGAACAUCAUUCUCAAGCGCAUUAGUGGUGGUCUAAGCAAUUGGCUGUACAACGUCCAGCUGCCCGAAGAAACGGUCCCGGUCAGGGGCGAACCUCGUCAGGUUUUGUUACGUCUUUACGGGCAGGUGCACGGGGAGAGAGCCCUGGAGGGACUCAUCACCGAGUCCGUCAUCUUCACCUUGCUGUCCGAGAGGAGACUCGGUCCCAAGCUGCACGGCGUGUUCCCCGGCGGCCGUAUAGAGGAGUACAUACCGGCCCGACCGUUGCUCACGAAGGAACUGGCGGACACGACCCUGAGUCUGCUGAUCGCCGAGAAGAUGGGGCAGAUACACACGAUGCAGAUACCGAUCAGCAAGGAGCCCACGUGGAUAUGGGACACGAUGAACAACUGGCUCAUCACAGCGGCGGACAUUCUCGAGAGCAGCGAGGACAUUGACAGCCGGCAAUUGAAGAACGUCAGUGCAAUAAAGUGCAUAGACUUGGAGCACGAGAUCGAUUGGCUCAGGACAAUUGUGAUGCAGCAAAAGUACCCGGUUACGUUCUGCCACAAUGACAUGCAAGAGGGAAAUAUACUCCUAAUGCAAAAUACGCGAAACCCCAAGCUGGUACUCAUUGACUUCGAGUACUGUUCCUACAACUACCGAGGAUUCGAUGUCGCCAAUCACUUCGCCGAAUGGCAAUACGACUACACAGCGCCAGAAUAUCCUUUCUUUCACGAACGUCCGGCCGCUGGCCCCACGAAGGAGCAAAAGCUCAACUUCAUAAGAGCCUACCUAAGAACAUUGGGCAAAGAAGGAUCUCUGGAGGAGGAGCGUAUUAUGAUGGAAGUGAGGAUAUUUUCGCUAGCUAGUCACUUAUUCUGGGGUCUCUGGAGCGUCGUAAACGCGAAACUUUCACAGAUUCCGUUUGGCUACUGGGAUUACGCUGCCUCCAGAUUGAAGAAUUAUCUGUAUCUGAAGGAGAAGUUUCUUACCUCUGGACUGCCAUCCCCGGAUGGCAGCCUGAAGAGAAAAACCAUGGAUAUAGACUGAAAGAACGAAGUUUGAACAGAGACGGGGAAGACGCAUUCGCAAAUUCAUAUAACAUUUCGCUACGUAGAGUAGCCAGCUUUGGUCCAUCGAUCCUAACUGAUGGCAUUAACGAGCUCCGGUGAACAGCGAACAAACUCUUAACGGAGUAGGCAGAGUAGUCAUUAUUUUGUAAAUAAUGACGCGAAAUAGCGUAGGGCCCGCUGCUUUCUAACUGAUGCGCGAUAGGUGUAUCGUUCGUAAGCGAUAACACACUGCAAGCGAGAAGAGCGGAUCGAGAGUAAAUGGGAAAGUCAAUCAUGUGAUAUAGAAUAAGAUGAUAUAGAAUCGUGUACUUAAACGUAAAUCGAUCUUCGUUUAGUACUUUUAAUCGCGUUCGCAAUUAAUUUCUAAAAACAUUCAAAAGCAGUACUUAAGUGUACUUAAUUAAUUUUUAUUCAAAAAACUUUUAAAAAAAUGAUGACGAGAUUUUAGACAGUACUUAAGUGUACUUAAUUAAUUUUUAUUCAAAAAACUUUUAAAUAAAUGAUGAGAUUUUAGACACUUCGUUCUUUUUUAAUAAGGGAUUGAAGUUGAACAAAAAAAAAUCUGAGAAAGAGCUUCCGAGUGUACAGAAUCAUAUGCUCAAAUUGUGAAAGAGUUCGUAAUUUCCGAGGACAUUGUACAUUUAAUCUCUCUUUUUAGCUUUUAUAUAUAUAUAUAUAUAUAUAUUUAUUAUAAGAUUGCCCCCCCCCCCCUAAAUCGUUGCCAAUUGUAUUUUAAAUCCAAUUCACGUGCUUGAUUGUUUACUUGUUACAUGGUUGUAAUACGUAAUACGUUAAUUGUAAAUAAGACUAGUGAUAUUUGCUAUAACAUGCUAUUUUUACUUAAAAUUGUAUAACUCAUGUACUGUAAUUUAAGUAUAAGUACUUAAUAUUGAGUAUGAGUACUUAAUAUUAUACAAAAGAGGACAGCAUUUAGCAUUCAUUACUGAUAUUUACCAACAUAAAGUGCACCGACAUCUAUAAAAAUGUAUUUUCACGAGUUUCCAAAUAAAACAUUUACUUCUUGUU